AUGACAAGGAUAGCGAACGGAUUUAGACAACAUGGCACAGCAGAUGCACAUUCCACUGCAGUGACUGGUCUAUCCUGUCGAUUCCCCGCCGAUGGAAAUACGGCGGAAAACUUCUGGAGGUUCAUUUGUGAAGGCAGAUCCGCAUACUCGGAAAGCCCUGAUCGGUGGAACCCAGAUGCCUUUCACUACCCGGGGAAGAAGAUCAUCACGGGCAAGAUGCGGGGCGCAAAUUUUCUAAAGCAAGAUAUCUCUACCGUUGAUGCCAACUUUUUCAACGUUUUCAAGAUCGAGGCGGAAGCUAUGGAUCCUCAACAACGAAUGCUCCUUGAGACAGCAUACGAGGCCAUGGAAAACAACAGGCUUCCACUCGAGAAGCAGUUCCUCGGCAGAGACGGUAGGUGUAAGGCCUUUGAUGCGUCCGAGGAUGGUUGCGGCCGUGGUGAUGGCAUAGCUGUUCUCAUCCUGCAACGAGUGGACGACGCCAUCGCAGACGGGGAUCCAAUCCGUGCCAUUAUCAGGGGCUCGGCGUGCAACCAAGACGGGCGGACCAAAGGCUUCACAUUGCCCAGUGCUGAUGCACAGGAGCAGUUGGCACGUGACGUGUACCGUAGAGCCAGUCUCAGCAUAGCAGAGACGCGAUAUGUCAAAGCACACGGAACAGGCACACAGGCUGGCGAUACCCAAAAGACGGAGGCCUUUUCCCGAAAAUUUAGCCCACAUCAUUCGCCACCAGAAAAGCUCUAUGUAGGUUCAGUCAAGUCCAACAUUAGUCACCUAGAGGCUUGCGCUAGUCUUGCGUCCAUAAUCAAGGUGAUAUACAUACUGGAAAAUGGUUUGAUCCCACCAACCAUCUCUAGCAAGAAGCCGAACCCAAAGGUCAAGUGGGACGAGUGGAAUCUGAACGUGCCGACCGAGCUUACGCCGUGGCCAAAGAAUGGGUUGCGACGAGCUAGCGCGCAAGCAUUUGGCUACAGCGGUACCAACGCCCGCAUUGUACUGGACGAUGCAUAUCACUACCUGAAGAGUCGGAAGCUGACUGAGAACCACUACACCAAGACAUACGACUCGGAGGGGCCAAAGCAGACGAAUGGAUUUGCGAGAGGCCGCAAGAUGUACUCGGCUGUGCUGGGGGGCUACAUGGAGCCGUCGGAGCUGGGGGCCAGCAACUGGGUGCGGAACCUGGUGUCACCUGUGCAAUUCUCCGAUGCGUUGCACGAUCUGAUCCGGCCUGAGCUGAAGCAUGGCAAGCGCUCGCCGGCCAACCAGGUGGACAUUCUCGUCGAAGUAGGCCCGCAUGCAGCGCUGCAGGGCCCAAGCAACCAGAUUCUCAAGGCCCACGGCAUCGCCGACGUAAGCUACUGCGCCGUGAUCUCGCGCGGCAAGGAUGGCGUGCAGACGGCGCUCGAGUGUGCGGGCGCGCUGCUAGUGCAGGGCGUCGCCGUCGAUACGCGGGCCGUCAACGACGUCGAUGCACCAGUGAAGCCGCUGGUCCAUCUGCCGCCAUACGCCUGGAACCACAGCCUGCAGUACUACACGCGCGCCAGCCGCUGCUUGGAGCGCCGACUCCAGGCUCUGGCGGGGCUUCGUGUGCGCAAACGAGGAGCCAUGGCUGCGCGACCACAGCAUCUCGGGCUUGGUGCUGUAUCCGGCGGCGGAUCCGGCUCGGCGUUUGUGCAUGGUUUCCGGCUGCGCGAUGUGCUGAUUGAUGUUGAUGUCGCCCUGGUGGUGCCGGGCGAGGGCGACGUCGAGGUCAUCCUGGAGCUGAAGCCUCACCGGGCGGCCACGCUCGACGCGACGUCGACAGCCGUGUGGAGCGACUUCACCGUGGCGUCUUGGGCUGACGGGCAGACGCUGCGCCAGAACUGCUCGCGUCUCAUUGUCGUCGACUACGAGGCGCCCACGGGGUCGGGCAUGGCGGUGGAGCGGAUGCUGGAGGUGCAAGAGGCACGUGAGACGCUCGGCGCUAUGACCAGGUCUGCGCACGUGACCACUACCCACGACGACCUCUACACCCAUCUCGACACCUACGGCCUGAGCUACGGACCAGCCUAUGUCUUUAUCAAAUUCCAGAAUAUCUGGACUACUCGACCGGAGUUGAUGGCCGAGAUCCUUGGAGAAACCUUCAAACUGAUCCGCUCAACGAGAAGUCAUGGCCGCGGGAAAGAAGUCGGCGUUCAUGUUGCAGGCGAAGACAAGGAGCCAUCACCCUACGCCCCAGUCAACAUGAACAACAGCCCGAUCGAUUUGCUCCUGUUUGGAGACCAGACAGUAGAGAAGCUGUCUGGGGUAUGGGCGUUGGCACAGCUGGCAAAGACGCGCGAAGUAGCGUCGAGAUUCCUGCAGGCGGCGGCGGAGCUGAUUGUAUCUGCCGACGAGAACGCCACACUGCUUGGCAAGGCCAAGGACGGCGGCCAUCGGACCGAAGUCAUCGGGCUGUGCACGGAUCAGAUGGCUGCGGCGGUGGCCCUCGCCGUCGAGACAACUCGCAUCGCCCUUCGCCUGGCGCGCCAAAUCUGGCACAAUUCACAACGCAUCAAUGUCACGCCCGGCCCGUGGGCGGCGACGAUCCUGGGCCUCGAGACAGCCCAUGUGCAGCAGCUGCUGGACGCCUUCCACGGCGAGACCAAAGUGCCGCCCGCGCGACGCAUUGCCAUUGGAGUCGAGGCCCGCGGAUGCAUGACGCUCUUCAGCCCGCCCUCGACCCAGACACGGCUGCGGGCAUGGAGCCGCGAGCUGGGCCAGGCGCUGCGCAUCCCCACGGAAGCGCGCGGCCGUGUCCAUAUGCCCAAUACGCCGCUGAAUGCGCGUCGCGCCGCCAUUUAUUCAACCUCGGACGGCCGCUGUCUGCACGAUGGCGCCGCGUUUGGAGAGCUCCUCGCCGCCGUCCUGCCCGACACUGGCCACUUGAGCAUUAGUUCGGAGCAGCCUAAAUCCCGCAAACGACACGUUUGCGCAACAGUCAAGUCGCUGCUUGAGUACUGUCCAACGCCUUUGCCUGCUGCCGCUAGACCUAAGCAAGGUACAGCGCUGAUUACAGGAUCCACUGGACCUGUUCGCAAGGGUGCUUGUGACAACGACGAUGAUGCUGAUCUGUGCAUGGUAUUCACCACUGAGGUGCAUGGAAAAAGCGAUGGUAAUGAGUAA